AUGAUUUAGAUCUUUGCAACUGCAAAAGAAAUAUCACUUUAUCCUAAUGAAGUAAAUAUCAUUGAUACCUUUUAAGAAUAUGGCAUUAUUUUAGGAGCAAAUAUCACUUACUUAUCAUCAAAUUCUCAUUAAUAUAAUAUAAUCAAAUAAAAACUAAUUAAUUCUUAAAUUCAUAAAAUACCUUUGGUUUACUAAAUAAAUAACCCUUUUUUCAAAUCCUUUUAUGUUAAUGGUUCUUUAUAGAAGUAGAUUGAAUAAAAUUAUAUUCUUUCUAUGGUUCCAAUAUCAACUGGAUCCAUUUUAGCAGUUGUCUUAUAUAAUAAUGGUAAGUUAGCUUAUAUAAAGGAAGAUAAUAAUAAUUAUUUAUUAGUAGAAUAAAAUUAAUCAAUAUCGAUUGAUACAAUUUAAUUACAAAAUCGUGUUUAUAUGUUUUAUUUAUCAACUAAAUAACAAAUAUUGAUAAUACUAAAUAAAUAAUUAAUCAAAGUAUCUAUUAAUGUGAAUGAAUCUAAAAUAUUUGGUAACAAUUUUAAACAAAAUGAUGAUAAAUUCUUGACUACUUAAAAGAUAUUGCUUGUCGAAGAUCUCUUAUUCAUUACUAGAAAUAGGGAGCUGAGUAUCUAUUCAAUAAAUUAAGAAGUUGUGGAGAAUUAGUUUUAGAAUUAUAAUUUUACAUAUAAUUUAGAUGAUAUCAAAGUUAUUUUUGAAAAUGGCAUAUAUAAGGUGUUUAUUUUAAAUAGAAGAUUUGGUGUAACAAUUUUUAGUUAUGAUCCAAAAUUGAAAUCAUUUAAUGAAAUUUCAUCAUUCGAUUAAAUUUCUUAUAAAGGAUAUUUAAUUGGUGUAAAUAAUUAGAUUUUAAUAAUUGUUGAUGAAGAAGAUAAUGAAUCUAUUAUUUAUGAAUUCCAUUACAAUGAGUAAUUUCAUAAAUGGUAGAUAUAUAAUCACCGACUGAUAUAACAAAAAAUUAAAGAUAUUGAAUUUACCAUUAAUAAUGUAAUUUUAAUUGGUCAAAAUGGACAUCAAAUAAUUUAUCAUUCUAUACCUCCUGAAAACUUUUUACCUCAAAAUUAUGUCACCAUUCCUGGAUUACAAUAAAUUAAUCUAAUAAAUAAAACAGGAAAUUUUAAUCAAACAUUGAUAGGUAUUACGAAACACACAUUUUACAUUUUUUAAUUGUAUUAAUCUCCACAAAAAAUAAUAUGCACUUAUACUGAUGAUUUAAGUCCAAUAAAAUUCAUUUAUUAUUAGAAUUCUACUAAAUGUUCUAUAAUGCCUUAAAAAUAAGACGGAAACUUAUGCCUUUUCGUUUCAAAUUACACAAUUAAUUAUAUCUAUCCAAUUAUUACUUUAAAAUACAAAAUAUAAGAAGAGAUUAUUGUAAUCUCUAUUGUUAUUAUAUCUAUUAUAUUUAUUCUCCUAAUUGUAGCUAAAAGAAAAUGCAAGAAAAAUGUUAGAACUAGGUCAGAAAAUUAAAAUUAAUCUGACUGUAGUCAAUAUGGAAGCCCAAAGAACUAAGACUAAUAAGCUUUAAAAAGCCACACAUAUACUAUGGAUAAUGAACCCAAUGGAUCCAUCGAACUUGUACCUACAUCUAAAAAUAUAGAUCAAAGUCCCAGUUGA